GUGCAUUUCCGGCGGGCGCGAGCGGCCGGUGUCCCGUCGCCGCCGGUGCCGCCGCCGCCAUGAAGGACGUGCCGGGGUUCCUGCAGCAGAGCCAGAGCGCGGGCCCGGGGCAGCCCGCCGUGUGGCACCGCCUGGAGGAGCUCUACAACAAGAAGCUGUGGCACCAGCUGACGCUGCAGGUGUUGGACUUCGUGCAGGACCCCUGCUUCGCCCAGGGCGAUGGGCUCAUCAAGCUGUACGAGAACUUCAUCAGCGAGUUUGAGCACCGGGUGAACCCCCUGUCCCUGGUUGAGAUCAUCCUGCACGUGGUCCGGCAGAUGACGGAUCCCAAUGUGGCGCUCACUUUUCUGGAAAAGACUCGAGAAAAGGUGAAGAGCAGCGACGAAGCCGUCAUUCUGUGUAAAACGGCCAUCGGCGCGCUCAAGCUGAACAUCGGGGACCUGCAGGUCACCAAGGAGACCAUCGAGGAGGUGGAGGAGAUGCUGAACAACCUCCCGGGCGUCACCUCCGUUCACAGCCGCUUCUACGACCUCUCCAGCAAGUACUACCAGACCAUCGGGAACCACGCCUCCUACUACAAGGACGCUCUGCGCUUUCUGGGCUGCAUCGACGUUAAAGAUCUGCCAGUUUCAGAGCAGCAGGAGAGGGCGUUUACCCUGGGGCUGGCCGGGCUCCUGGGCGAAGGCGUCUACAACUUCGGGGAGCUGCUCAUGCACCCCGUGCUGGAGUCCCUGCGGAACACCGACCGGCAGUGGCUCAUCGACACCCUGUACGCCUUCAACAGCGGCAACGUCGAGACGUUCCAGGCGCUGAAGUCGGCCUGGGGUCAGCAGCCAGACCUGGCUGCGAACGAGGCGCUGCUGCUGCAGAAGAUUCAGCUGUUGUGUCUCAUGGAGAUGACGUUCACCCGGCCCGCCAAUCACAGACAGCUCACUUUUGAUGAGAUCGCCAAGAGUGCCAAAGUCACCGUGAACGAGGUGGAGCUGCUGGUGAUGAAGGCGCUCUCGGUCGGCCUGGUGAAGGGCAGUAUCGACGAGGUUGAUAAGAGGGUGCACAUGACGUGGGUGCAGCCGCGCGUGUUGGAUUUACAGCAGAUCAAGGGCAUGAAGGACCGGCUGGAGUUCUGGUGCACGGACGUGCGGAGCAUGGAGAUGCUGGUGGAGCACCAGGCGCACGACAUCCUGACGUAGGCCGGGCUGCCCCGACUGCCGCGCCCGCGGGGCAGAGCGGCCGGUGACGCGCUGCCAGCCGUAAGUGGCCUUUUGCUGCGUAACCCUUUGGUGCUGGGAGUCCCCAUGUCCCGUGUGGGUGGCACCGACCCUGGAGCCGCAUCUGCAGGGGCUGGGUUGUCACCUUGUCACCUGGCUGCUGCGGGGGAUCCAGGUGUGGGGGCUCUUUGCUGGGGAAGGGGCAGCAGCAGAUCAUCCGCGGAACGUUCUGGAGCGGUGCCUGACUUGGGGGGUGUUACUGGGGAUAUCGCCCGUCAGGGGCUCAACCUCCCCCGGGGACCCCCGCCCUGCAGCAGCGUCACCGAAACAUCCCCCGUCCCCUCCCCAGGCGCUCCGCAGCGGGAGCGUUUCCCCACCAAAGGGUUGCCAGCGUGGCCGUGGGUGUGUGUUGUACCCUUGGGGGUGGCUGUGCAAACACUUUGUGCUCCAGCGAGGUGCAGCAGCAUUGCUGGAAUAAACUUCUCUGCCUUCCA